AUGCAGUUUCACGUUCUGCCCAAGCUCAACAUCUCGUUGCCGACGUCGUACAUCGACCCGGCUACAAUUCAGCUGGCCGACUGGAUGUUCCUGGUUGAUCCGGACGUCAUUAUCGGUGCCGAGUUUUACAUGAACUUGCUGACGGACGAACGGGUGAAACCAGCUGUGUUCGGUUGGAUCAUUUCUGGCCGGCUUCCCGGCAGCGUUCCAGAAUCGACGUCUCUCGUAUCCGACGCGGCAAUCGACGAACAGCUGACCAGAUUUUGGGAACUGGAAACGUGCCGCACCAAGAGCACGCACUCGAUCGAAGAAUCCACGUGCGAGCAGCUGUUCGAGGAGACGACGGUUCGUGACGAAACUGGAAGAUUUGUUGUGACGCUGCCCAAAGAGAAGUACGCUGUCCAGCGUAUCGGUGAGUCCAGAUCAACAGCCAUCAAACGCCUCCUGGGACUGGAGAAGCGGCUGUCAGCGAAUCCAGACCUGAAACAACAAUACAGUGAUUUUAUUCACGACUAUGAAGCCACGGGACACAUGAAACGGGUUGCCGGCGACACGGCUGGUGGAGAGUUAUCGUAUUAA